GAGAGGCUCUGUCUCAAAAUAAAAUAAAAUAAAAAAUCCCCCUAUUUUGGCAGCGAGGUGGAGGCACACAGCGAUCACAUCACUGCCCGAGGUCGCUCAGCAGGCCAGGUUCGAACGCAGCUGUCCCUCAGCACCUGGCGGCCGCGCGUCAGGGAGCUUCCCGCCGUCCUCGUCCCCUCCGCCCCCCCACUGGUCAACGCCUGCGAAGUGCCAGGAACCGCUACUUCGGACGCCUGCACGUUCCCAGACCCACCUGCGUCGACCGUCGGCGGCGUCAGUCAACUGUGUGUGAGAAGAUCAUGGAGCUGCUGGGACAGAAUGAGGUGGACCACCGGCAGCGCAAGUUGGUCAUCCUGAGCCAGGACAGGUUCUAUAAGGUCCUGACGGCUGAACAGAAGGCUAAGGCCUUGAAGGGACAGUACAAUUUUGACCACCCAGAUGCUUUUGAUAAUGAUUUGAUGCACAGGACUCUGAAAAACAUCGUGGAGGGGAAAACUGUUGAAGUCCCAACCUAUGAUUUUGUGACCCACUCUAGGUUACCGGAGACCACGGUGGUCUACCCUGCAGACGUGGUUCUGUUUGAGGGCAUCCUGGUGUUCUACAGCCAGGAGAUCCGGGACAUGUUCCACCUGCGCCUCUUCGUGGACACAGACUCAGACGUCAGGCUGUCUCGCAGAGUGCUCCGCGACGUGCACCGAGGGAGGGAGCUGGAGCAGAUCCUGACGCAGUACACCACCUUCGUCAAGCCCGCCUUCGAGGAGUUCUGCCUGCCGACAAAGAAGUACGCAGAUGUGAUCAUCCCUCGUGGGGUUGACAACAUGGUUGCCAUCAACCUCAUCGUGCAGCACAUCCAAGACAUCCUGAAUGGUGACAUCUGCAAGUGGCACCGAGGGUCCAAUGGUCGGAACUACAAGAGGACCUUUUCUGAGCCAGGAGACCACCCCAGGGUGCUGACCUCCGGCAAACGGUCCCACCUGGAGUCCAGCAGCAGGCCCCACUGAGUGUCUGCCAGGGCAGCUCUCUCAACAGGCACGUGCAUUCGGGGACUGCGCCUGGAGGUGCCCACCUGCCUCUGGGAACACCCACUGCUUCCUCUCCGUGUGUGUCCCAGGUGGCGUUAGGCUCCAGGCCUCCCGUCCUUGCGAGUGGAAGCCGGACGUGUCGUUCACACUCAGUUUGACAGGACUUUGACAGGGUGUUCCUGAGGUUCUCACCUGCUUCCUCAGGUCUUGGGAGGUUUAAAAAUCUCUUCGGGUCACUGAGAAAUGCCAUAGAACGUGUUGAAAGCCUAAGCCCGAGCUUGCUUCUGCCAGGAGCGCAAGUCAUGUGUAGUUGGGGAAACUGAGGAAACAGCUGGGGUGCCAUGGCUGGCCUGCUGUUUUUGACAGGGAGCCCAGAGAUACGUUUUCCAGUCUGACGUGGUUCACACACACGUGUAACUAAAGUGUUUUAUGAGAGAAGACUUUCCUCUUUCACGUGUUGUACAUCUUAAUGAUUUCUGUUUUCUUCUAUACCAUAGCACAAGGCUGGCUGUGACCUAUGAGCCUAGUUUUGUGGUUGCAGUCAGGAGUGGCAAACACCGAUGACGGGAGCCACAGGGGGAUGGCUCCCUCCCCUGCGUGUCAGAGGCAGAGGAGUGGCAGGAGGCUGGGGAGCAGCCGCCACGCACGGCGGGCAGGGCCUGUAGUCCAGGCCGUGGGCGCCUGCGUGGCGGGCAGGGCAGCGGCGGUCGGGUCUGUCCCAGCUGGGACACGUGUUAUCUGCGCACAGUCCUGUCCUGGGCCGGGCCCUCCCAGCCGGCACCAGAGCCCGAGCCCAAGGUGCUGUCUGCGGACAGGCUGUCCCCAGUGCAGCUCGCGCCACACCCAGGGCCGGGUGCGCCAGCCAGCACACGUGCCGCACUGCAGACGUUCCAGUGGGUGCGGCUGCCCGAGGCCGCCAGUUCCCUCACGCCAGUCCUGAGCUCACGGCCUCACGCACGGCCCGUGUCCGCGUCCAAGCCGGUCUUCCCUCCCACAUGAUGGCGGUUUCUGUGAGGUGCCCCUUGCCACUGUCGCAAGCCAGACUGAACGGGCGGCUCUGGGCUUCUUUCCGUCCCGUGUCACUCACCGCAGUGACGCAGAUAGGGGUGAAUGUCGGAGCUGUGACGGUUUUGUCAAGCCUACGCCCUUUCGGAGGGGAAUGAAUAAAUAACACUGAAUGUAAA